AUGGGGGAGGAGAACGGCAACGCCGGCGCCAUCGUGCCGGCGGGGCCCGCCCAGGCCUCCCCCGCCGCGGGCAAGCGCCCCGCGCAGCAGGUCGUGCGCACGCAAACCAAGGCCGUGGGGCUGAUCCAGCCGCCGCCGGACAUCCGCGCCAUCCUGGACAAGACCGCGCAGUUCGUGGCGAAGAACGGCGUCGCGUUCGAGAAGCGCAUCCUCGAGGCCGAGCGGCAGAACGCCAAGUUCCAGUUCCUGGUGCCCACCAGCCCCUACCACGCCUUCUACCGCCACCGCGUCGAGGAGAUCCAGUCGGGCAAGGACGACGCCGCGAAGGCCGCGCAGGCCGAGGCCGCCAAGGCCGCCAGCGAGCCCGCCAAGCCCGCGGCCGACCAGAAGGAGGGCGACGAGCAGCCGGAAGAGGAGCAGCAGGGCGGCCCCGAGGACGGCGUGGUGGUGACGACCAAGACCCUCGAGAAGCCGGACCCGGAGCUGUACACGGUGCACCUGCCCGCGGGGCUGACGGCGUUCGACGUGGACCUGAUGAAGGUCACGGCGCAGUUCACGGCGCGCAACGGGAAGGCGUUCCUGGAGGAGGUGCAGCGGCGCGAGGCCAACAACCCGCAGUUCGCCUUCCUGAAGCCGACGCACUCGCUGUUCGCGACCUUCACGCAGAUGGCCGACGCGUACUCGCGCGUCCUGAUGCCGCCGAAGGGCGUCCUCGAGCGCCUCAAGCAGGACAGCGCGGACUGGUCGCACGUGUUGGAGCGGUGUGUGAAGCGGCUGGAGUACGAGAAGGCGCUGGACCGGGAGCGCGUGGAGGCGGACGAGGCGGCGCAGCGGGAGCGCGAGGAGAUGGCGGCGAUCGACUGGCACGACUUCGUGGUGGUCGAGACCAUCUUGUUCGACGACGCGGAGGACGAGUCGCUGCCGGCGCCGCUGUCGCUGCAGCAGGUGCUCAUGUCGCGCAAGGCGCAGGAGUACGACGCCGGCGCGGGGAUGGAGGACGCCGGGGCGGAGGAGGUGGAGAUGGAGAUGGACGAGGAGGAGGCGGCGAUGGUGGCGGAGGGGCAGCGCGCGGAGGGCGCCAAGCGCGUCGCGGGGCAGGUGGUGGAGGCCGGGGACGACGAGGGGCCCGUGCGGGUGGUCGAGGGGUACAAGCGCGAGCGCGCGGAGGGCCCGGACGCGGCGACGCGGUUCGUGCGGUCCCCGCUGACCGGCGAGCUGAUCCCCGUGGAGGACAUGGAGAACCACAUGCGGGUGUCGCUGCUGGACCCGCGGUGGAAGACGCAGCGCGAGGCGAUGCUGGCGAAGAUCCGGGACUCGGCGUCGGCGUCGGACGAGGAGAUCGCGUCGAACAUCGCGGGGCUGGCGCGGACGCGGCCGGACAUUUUCGGGGACCGGCGGGAGGAGAUGAGCGCGGCGGUGCAGGCGGCGCUGGGGGAGCGGAUGACGACGGGGAACCAGCGGGCGGUGGCCUGGGACGGGACGACGACGGGCGGGCCGGGGCUCAAGGCGCAGCAGGCCGCGAUCGCGCAGCAGCGGGCGGAGCAGCCGCUGCCGUCGCUGGCGGCCAAGGGACCGGACGCGCCGCAGGUGGGCGUGGCGAUGCCGCCGCCGCCGGCCAAGGGCGAGCCGCCGAGGAAGCGGCAGAAGCAGGGCGAGGGGGAGUGA